AUUGCCAACUAGCCUGCGUCAAAGCUAAUCGACGUGAUUGACGUGUAUGAGGGCCAAUGAUGGGCGUCUACCAUACCGGACCCGGUCCAAUCAUUUAAUCGCAAAGGCGGGUCUUGUGGAAGUUGUUUCCCCGUGUAACGUAACGUGUAUUUCCCCAAACACAGAACGUAAGCAUCAGUUUUUGAACGAUGGGUCGCCGUAAGUCUAAACGAAAACCGCCUCCUAAAAAGAAGAUGACGGGGAAUCUGGAUUCUCAGUUUUCAUGUCCCUUCUGCAACCACGAGAAGUCGUGUGACGUCCACAUGGAUAGAAGCAGAAAUACUGGAGUGAUAUCUUGCUCAGUCUGUUUGGAAGAGUUCCAGACGCCAAUUACUUACCUGUCGGAGCCAGUUGACGUAUACAGCGAUUGGAUAGAUGCAUGUGAAUCAGCCAAUCAAUAGCCCUGACGGACCUGGUCUGCUGUCAGGACUGGCGGAGGUUGGGACUGUGCAUAUAACUCUACUUUUGUGACCAUGUGGACAGGUGGCGACUCCUACCUGCAAAGCUUUAGCCCACGACUCCAAAUAAGACCCCAGUAGUUUUCUUUUCUUGUGUCACCGUCUACAAUUUGUAGCCCCCACCCCUGACUCUUCGUCAUCAAGGACUUUCAACUGUAGACAUUUGGUUUUCUUUUAAUUGCCUGUGACAUCCAGACAGAAAUGACGAGAAUGCUAUCCACAUUAUUAGAGACACCUGCAUAAGUGUAUCUAAUGAGCAAAAACCUAUCCAAAAAUGCAGCUCAACUACCUUCUGCUGUGAUGAUGUCACAUUUUGUUACAUGCAGCGUGUCCUGUAAUGAUGGUGAUGAUGAUGAUAACGACCUACAGCUCCCCUCAUCCUCACAGCAGCAGGUCGUUAAAGUGAAGCAAAAAUACAUGUAUGCUUUCCUGUUUAUGUCAUCUAGUUUGAUUAAAUUGCUUUAUGUCUUCUGUGAUAGUAACAAGAUGUACACACAAUAUUUUUGUGUGCUUAGUUAUUUUCCUAUGCCACUGUAACACAAAACACUUUCAGGUUGCUAUGACUUGGGUUAUUUUGAAAAUAAAAGAGCAGUAAGACAUAAUGUCACUAACCAGUGCUGUGGAUGUUUAUUAUAACUUGAGUGUAGCUGUUUAAUCCAAUAUCUGAUUUAGGGAAUAGAUACUCUUAGUAUUACAAAUACCUGUACUGUAGAUCCCCACUAUUUGGUGAGUAAGAGUAAUUGAGACCGCAGUAAAUAUUUACAUUUUUGACAUUUUUUUCUGCCUCCAAACCCCCUUGAUAGCUUGACAUUGUUUUCCUCUGAUUUUGGAUCUGUAUUUGCAAUAAAAAUGACUUAUUGGAUAAGAUUUAAAA